AAGUCUAUAUAGUACCUACCUUACACAGCCACUUGUUCUUGAAAAAUAAUUGUAUUUGUCUCCACACAACAAUAGAAAAACAGUAUCUUGUAGACUCCACUAUUUAUUAAUCUAAGUCAUUCCAUAGAUCAAAGUUAUAGUACUAAAAAACUAAGCACCAAAACAAAACACUUUAACUUUUCUUGGAUUGCCAAACAUUGCUUGCAAGAACUUGCAAUCUGUUUGAUGAAAACAUUGAAAUGAAAUGGCAGACACUGCAGUGUCAUUGGUUUUGCAGGAAAUCUGCCAAUUUUUAUUAGAAAAAAGAACUUUGCUGACAGGGAUUGAGAAAGAGUUCACUGACAUCAAAGAUGAACUUGAGAGCAUCCAUGCUUUCCUGAAAGAUGCAGACAAAAGGGCUGCUGAUGAAGGAGGAGUAGGAGGAGCCGAUGAAGGUGUCAAAACUUGGGUGAAACAACUGAGAGAAGCAUCUUUUCGCAUAGAAGAGGUGAUUGAUGAGUAUAACAUGUAUGAGGCAAAAAGGGUCAACAAUUCUGGAUUCUUAGGCACAUUCCAAAUGAUUAUGAGCAUGAUGACAUCCAUGAGUCCGCGCCACCAGAUAUGUUCUGAGCUUCAAGACAUCAAGUCAUCAAUUGGUAGAAUCAAAGAAAGAAGUUCAAGGUUUGAGUUUAAAUCUGAAAGUGAAUCAGGAAGCUCUCGAGGGACUAAAGCUCCUAGAAUUGGCGACCCCCGAAUGGCUCCUUAUUUCAUUGAAGAAACUCAAGUUGUCGGGUUUGAGUCGCCAAGAGAUGAAUUGGUUAGUUGCUUGGUGGAUGGAAACAAUGAGCUCAUGUUGGUUUCUGUUGUCGGCAUGGGAGGACUCGGAAAAACAACUCUUGCCAAGCAUGUUUUCGACAGCCAGUUGGUGAAAAGGCACUUUGAUUGUCGCUCUUUCAUAACAGUUUCUCAAUCCUACAAAAUGAAGGAGCUGUUGAUAGAUAUGAUAAAGAAGUUUUGCAAGGACAGCAAUGAGCAUAUUCCAAAGGGUCUGCAGAAGAUGGAUGAUGAAACAUUGAUUACUCAUGUGAGAAAGUACCUUGCAACAAAAAGGUACUUGGUGUUGUUUGAUGAUGUUUGGAAAGAAAGUUUUUCUGAUGAGAUUGAACAUGCCUUAGGUGGUAAUGACGAAGGAAGUAGAAUCAUUGUGACCACUAGAAUGAUGCAAGUAGCUGAAUACUUUAAGAAAUCAUUUGCUGUUCAUGUUCACAAUCUACAACCUUUGUCUCCAAACAAAGCUUGGGAACUGUUCUGCCACAAAGCAUUUAGAGGGCAGUGUCCAAAUGAACUUGAGGAAAUGUCGAAUGAAAUUGUUAAAAAAUGUGGAGGGUUGCCACUGGCAAUUGUGGCUACUGGCGGUCUUUUGUCAACAAAACCUAAAACCAUGUCUGAAUGGAGAAAGAUGUGUAAAAAUAUGAAAAUGGAGUUAGAGCGCAAUGUGCAUUUGACUAGUCUAUUAAGGAUUUUAUCUCUUAGUUACGAUGAUUUGCCUUACCAUUUGAAAUCAUGCAUGCUAUAUUUUGGUAUAUAUCCUGAGGACUACACCAUCAAUCGCAAGAGACUUACUCGACAAUGGAUGGCUGAAGGGUUUGUCAAGUAUUUGCAUGACGAGAGAAGACCUUUGGAGGAAGUUGCUGAAGAGUGCUUGACAGAGUUGAUACAAAGAAGUUUGGUUCAAGUUUCCAGAGUUGGCUUUGAUGGGAAAGUCAAAAGUUGUCAAGUCCAUGAUUUGUUGCGUGAAGUGAUCAUUAGAAAAAUGAAAGACUCAUGUUUUUGCCAUUUAAUGCAUGAAGACGAAGAACACGUCACAGUUGGAAUAACUAGACGCUUUUCUAUAGCAGCUAUUUCCAACAAUGCGUUGACAAGCACUAGUAACUCGGGAAUUCGAGCUAUUCUUAUGUUUGACAAAGGUCAAUUUCCUCAACAUUUCUUGCAUGAAGUAUCUGCCAAGUUCAAGCUUUUGAAAGUACUUGAUUUUGAGAAUUCUUUGUUGAAUUCUAUUCCUGAUAACUUGGGGAAUCUUUUCCACCUAAGGUACUUGAACCUGAGUCAUACAAAAGUGACAGCUCUUCCUAGUUCCAUUGGUAUGCUAGUGAACUUAGAAACCUUGGAUCUAAGGCAAACUCAAGUGCAUAAAUUACCAAAGGAGAUAAACAAGCUCGCAAAGCUAAGGCUUCUUCCUGUUUAUUAUCGAAAGUAUGAACAGCAUUAUUCUAUGUUGAACUUUACAACAGGAGUGCAAAUGGAAGAGGGGAUAAAAUGCUUGAAGUCAUUACAGAAGCUUUACUUUUUGGAAGCAGAUCAUGGUGCAAUAAAGCUUAUCCAAGAGCUCAAAAUGUUGAGACAGCUAAGGAAGUUAGGCAUAAGACGCGUGCGGGGAGAGUAUGGAAAUGCGUUAUGUGAUGCAAUACAGGAGAUGAAUCACCUUGAAUCUCUAAACAUUACAGCUAUAGAUCAAGAGGCAAUCCUUGACUUGGAUUUCCUAUCAGCUCCACCUCCCAAUCUUAGAGUGCUCAACCUGAAAGGAAGGUUAACAAACUUGCCUAAUUGGAUUCCAAAUCUCAACUAUCUUGUGAAGCUAAGACUUGGUUUAUCAAACUUUGAAGAUGAUCCUCUAGGCUCUUUGCAGAAUUUGCCAAAUUUGCUGAGGCUGAAUUUGUGGGAUGAUGCCUUUUCUGGUGAAUGUUUGCAUUUUCAAGUUGGAGGGUUUCCUAGGCUAAAAGAGUUGGAUCUUACUAGAUUAAAUAGAUUGAGUUCUGUGUCUAUAGACGAAGGAGCUUUACUUUGUCUUGAACAUUUUAGAUUUAACAACAACCCUCAAUUAAAGGUGGUUCCACCAGACCUUCAACACUUGAAUAAUCUUCAAUUCCUUGGAUUUGCUGAUAUGCCAGCUGAAUUAGUUGAUAGCAUUGACAUUGAGAAAGAUGGACCAUGCCAUUGGAUUAUCAAUCAUAUUCCACUUGUACUAAUUCGUCAGAAAGUAGGAACAAGAUUUCAUGACUAUGAGUUGCGCCCAAUUCCUACUCAAUCCAAUGUCUGAAAUAUCAAGAUUCAAAUUCUCCACGUUGCAGCUCACAAAUUGUGUGCUUGAUUCAGCUAAUAAAAUUUCCUUGAAUUGAACUCAUCUACUAUAAUCAAGGAAUGUGUACUUUAUGUUUUCUGUCAUUUGUGGUGUUAUUUAUAUGUUGAUCAAAGUUGGAGUCAGCAACCUAAUAUGUUUGUUACUUGUGUGUAAGCAAACCUAAGAACUACAUUAUAUGUUGUUGCUAAUAGCAUUUCUUACAUUA